AUGAUGCCGCCUGCAGCCGCAGGUGGCCACCCGCUCAUUGUCUCUCACGAUCUGCGGGUGGGCGACUUCUGCGUGGUGAGGUACAAUGUCGGGGGCCCCUUUCUGUACCACGAGCGGCUGGUCACCUACCUGCCGCUCGGAGCUGGGUUGACCGUCUCGGUCACCACUCCCGACGGCGACGAAUAUGAGGAGGUAUGGAGUAUGCCAGAUAUCGUCGAGUGGGAGCCACUGCCGAAUCGACAGCAAGGAGGCGUUCUACUGGGUCGGCCUGGAGCUCGGUACUACCGCUUCAGGGUUGGCGCGAUGCCGACCGUGGCGAGCCUCACGGCGGCGACCACGGCCGCCGCCGCCCGCCUCGGCCAGCCCGCGCCAGUGGGGCCCGUGGCGCCAGCUCUCGGCGGGCGUCUUGCCGAGCCGCCGGCGGGAGGUGCCUUGCCAGGCGCACCCGCAGCCGGAGGCGUUGGCGCACUGCCCGGCGCUGUGCCUGGCCCGCCAGCGGCGGGCGCCGCCGCCGCCCUCGGAGGCGUGGCCCCAGCGGCCCCGCCGGAGUUCUUGUCCCCGCCGCUCUUCCGCCGGCUGGCCCUGCCGCCGCCUGCGCCGCGGCCGGAUGCACGGACGCUCCCAGUGGUCUACGACAUGGUUGGCAACCGUCGACGAGAGUUUCGUGACGCGGUGCUGGCAUGCCGGGAGGACCAGUGGGAAGGGUGGCCGGUGCGCGGCCCCCGCACCAUCCACUGGGUCCUCCGGUACAUCGUUGACCACGGCGGGACUCCGACCGGGAUGCACUCCCGAUGGCGGAGCGAGGCUCGGCUCCAAGAGCACGAGCCAGGAGUGCAGGAGCAUGAACGGGCCUGCCGUGCGCUGGAGGAGCUGCUCUGUUUCGACCAGUGCAACGGGGCCAACUUGGCGGCCGCUGAGCUGCUGGCGCGCACCAUCCAGGUACAGCAGGAGCGUUACCGGGACAGGAGCGCGGGCGGCACGGCCAGCGGCAGCCACGACAACGUGGACGCCCACCUCUUCAUGGGCACCGAGCUCACCAGGGGAGGCGUGUGCGUCUGCCCUCUCCUCCAGGAGUGGGCCAGCCUUCAGCUGGCCAAGGAGCAGGCGCUGCUGAGGGAGCGCCGCAAGGCGCGAGAGGAGAGGGAGCUUGCAAAGAAGGGCAACAAGAAGAAGAACAACAGGGAGGAAGAGGGGUGA